UUUAGCUGCACUUGGUACCCUUAAAUUAAGAAAAUGACUGUGAUAAUAACGUUGGACAACAUGUAUACGUGUAUGUGUGUUUAAACAUAGUGUUCUUGUCGACAUUUAAUAUUGUAAUACAUUGAUAUCUGAUAUACCUAACUGACAUAUGUGUAUAUUGUGUGAAAACUAACACUAUUUAAUCAUCGUGUUAGGACGCAAGGUGGGGAGUACUUCCGCCAUCAUGACCUUUGCAGUCAAAUGAUGGAGUGUUUUCUACACUCCAGUGAUCCAUAUUGAUACACAAGUACAUUCUGGGCCUUACAUAUACAUGUAUUCACGAUCGGAUGUAUUUAUAUAUAUUUAUGUGUAUGUGUUAUGGCUGUUUUGUUUGUGAAUCAUGUGCGCGUAUUUGUAUGGCACGAAUGUAAGUAUGGAUAGAGCCGAAGUGCACGUGCGGAAGUUUUGGAAGCGUCACCACAGGAUCCAAAAAUGAUGCGACGAACUAUCAAACCGAUCCUGUUCGUUAUACUUGUGGUAGCAGUUCUGAUAUUUAUUAUCCGAUUGAUAAUAGCCUCUCAGGAACGAAUUUUCUCUCGUCCGAAAUGGGAUUUCAACAUCAAGAAUAUAUGCGGGGACCAAUUAGCAACUUCUGGACAACAGGAAGUAGUAAUAAUGGAACAUCAACUACCAAUCAAAACCGAUCUUUGUCCAUUGUCCGUCCCUGAGAUAGAGCGAACUUACGCCUGGUAUUUCAACAACAUUCAGAGUAUAUGUGGUAACCUGAAGCGCUUUGGUAGAGUCAAAGAUGGCGGAUGGGAUGUAUGUCUGGACGAAGAUUUGGUACAGAAAGGUCACUGUCUAGUUUACUCGUUCGGAAUCGAUUUCGAAUUUAGCUUUGAUGACGGUAUCUCUGAAGAAUGGGGCUGUAUGGUUCACUCAUUUGACCCGAGCAUGAACACAGACAGUCAUCGACGGAGUCCUAAGGUAUAUUUCCACAACUUGGGACUUUCCAAUUUUAACGGAACGACACCGGAGGCCAACUGGAAAAUGUUGACAUUUCAGGGAAUAAGACAAGAACUCAACCACCAAAACAUUAUUCCAGAUAUUAUUAAAAUGGACAUAGAAGAUUGGGAAUGGCAUGUUAUACCGGAAAUGUUGACCUCCAAAGCUUUAACCGGCGUUAAACAAUUCCUGGUGGAAUUCCACUUUUCUAACAUACCGGAGGCGGAUACGGAGGGAUUUUGGAUAUCAAAAUUCUUCCUACUCAAAGAAUUAUAUGCAAUGGGAUUUCGAAUGACUUGGAUUACACGGAAUCUCCUGAAUGUUUGGCAGUCCCGCGUAACGGGAAAAGAAAUCAUUGGUUGUUUCGAGGUAACAUUUAUCAGGAGGUGAUAUCAAAGUGCUUCAUUUAAAAUAAAUAUUAUACAAUUACAAAAGACAUACCACUACACAUAGACAUAACACUCUGACAUAGAUAUACCACUAAAACACAGACAUACCACUACAACACAGGCAUACCACUACAACACAGACAUACCACUACAACACAGACAUACCACUACAACACAGACAUACCACUACAACACAC